GCCGCGGAGCGGAGCGGAGCGGACGGCGACGGCGAGCGCGAUGGGCCGCGGCGGCGGCGGGCUCUGAUCGCGGCGGCGCCUCUUCCUCCUUCCCCCCCCCCCUCUUCCGCUGCCGCCCAUGGCGGAGCCGGGCUCGGAGGAGCCCGACGAGCGGCUGCUGCUGCUCCUCGCGGAGCCGGCGCCGCAGGCGGGGCCGGCCUGGCGGGGGCCGCCGGGGGCGAGGGGCGCCCCCGGCGGGGCGGUGCGGCUCUGCGGGGAGUGGGGGCCCGAGGAGGACGAGGACGAAGAGGAGGAUGAGGAGGGCUCGGGGCCCGAGGGCGAUAGAGAGGAAGAGCCGCUGCUGCGGGCGCCGGGCGCCGGGCGCCGCCGGGCGGGCGCCGCCGCCGCCGCAGGAAACACAGGACAUACUGUUGAUAUGAACGUAUUUUUGGAUGAUCCAGAAUUUGCAGAAAUUAUCCUGAGAGCAGAACGAGCUAUAGAGUGUGGAGUUUUUCCAGAGAGAAUUUCUCAAGGAUCCAGUGGGAGUUACUUUGUCAAGGAUCCCAAGGGGAAAAGCAUUGGAGUGUUCAAACCAAAAUCUGAAGAGCCUUAUGGACAUCUAAAUCCAAAGUGGACCAAAUAUUUUCACAAGAUUUGUUGUCCUUGCUGCUUUGGCAGAGGCUGCCUCGUUCCAAAUCAGGGAUACCUCUCUGAAGCUGGUGCCUAUCUUGUGGAUGACAAGCUAGGGCUAGGAGUUGUACCUAAAACUAAGAUUGUCUGGCUUGUCAGUGAGACCUUUAACUACAGUGCAAUAGAUCGUGCAAAGUCAAGAGGAAAAAAAUAUGCUUUAGAGAAAGUGCCAAAAGUUGCUAAAAAAUUUAAUCGAAUUGGACUACCUCCUAAGGUUGGCUCCUUCCAGCUGUUUGUUGAAGGAUAUAAGGAAGCUGACUACUGGCUCAGGAAGUUUGAAACUGAUCCUUUACCUGAGAAUACGAGGAAAGAAUUUCAGUCACAGUUUGAAAGAUUGGUUAUCUUAGAUUAUGUCAUCAGAAAUACAGACAGAGGUAAUGAUAACUGGUUGGUCAGGUAUGAAAAACAAGAUGAUGGAACUGAUCUGUCAGAUAAGGAUAUCCAAUGGACUGUAACUAAAGAACCUAUUAUUAAAAUUGCUGCAAUUGACAAUGGGUUAGCAUUUCCUUUUAAGCAUCCUGAUGAGUGGAGAGCAUAUCCCUUUCACUGGGCUUGGCUUUCUCAAGCAAAAGUUCCUUUCUCUCAGGAGACUAGAGAUUUAGUUCUUCCUCGUAUUUCUGACAUGAACUUCGUACAGGAUCUUUGUGAAGAUCUUUAUGAGCUGUUUAAGACUGAUAAAGGAUUUGACAAGGCUACUUUUGAAAAUCAAAUGUCCGUUAUGAGAGGGCAGAUAUUAAACCUUACUCAGGCAUUAAAGGAUGAAAAGAGUCCUCUUCAGCUUGUUCAGAUGCCACGUGUGGUUGUGGAGCGAAGUAGCACUGGAAGUCAGGGACGAAUUGUUCAUCUGAGUAAUACAUUCACACAGACCUUUCAUAGCAGAAAGCCUUUCUUUUCCUCCUGGUAGCAACAAAAAUACAUGAGAAAAGUAAAUGUCUUUAAUAAGCUACUUUUGUGUAAAGGCUCUGCAAUAGUGUAAUUCUGCUGUAUACCAAUAGCUCUGACUGCCGACACCUCAGAACUUAAGAAAUAUAUUUUGAAUGUAAUCAAAGUUUACAAUUUUUGUGUCAAAAUUGUGAAUUCUUAUGUCAGGGAAUGAGAAGAACUUGUCUAUACUGUAUUUUUAUAGACUAAUGUAUUCUUAAUAAUAAAGGGAAGAUGCACAGUUUGCAUAUGCUGAAAUACUACUUUUGAAUACAAUAGAGAUUCUAGUCAUUUAAUAUAAGAACCUAUUCCCUAUCAACUUCUUUUCAUAUGCUCCUUAAAAAGAAGUGCAGAAUGUUAUCUUUGGUUGUGAAAGUAUUUUCCAUGUAAUUUCUUUCUGAUACCUAUUUUUAGGUUUUCAUAGGCUUGAGGGGAGGGGGAAGUCAUAUAUUAAAAAAAACAAAAAACCCCGGACCCCCAAACUAUCCUUGACACCCAAGUAACAAUGUGGGGGAGAUAUGGUCCAAAUGUGUGCAUUUUUUCCCUUAUAGUGGGGAUCAAAAAUAAUAGUUUUGUCAUUUAAAUUAUAGCAAAAUCCAGCCCCAGUAAGUACAUUCAGUUCCUACGGUGACUAAAUAAACUGUAUGUAUAUUUCAGAUGAUGAAAUUUCCUCUGUAGGUUUUUUUAACUUGUGUAUUUAAAUACAGGUAUGGAAAACUGAUAUUUCUCUAUAGACCCAUCACAAAAGAAUUAAAUAUUGUUGUAACAAGUCUGACUUGCCAUAUGUGUGUAAGUGUGUAUAAUUAAGCAAUGUGUUUAUCAAUAGUCACCAAAGUGGUUCUUUGCUGUUAUUGAUGGAAGCACUAAUGUGUUCAUCACUAAACCAGCCUGCCUUCUAAAUUCCUAUUCAAAUACACCAUUAUUUUUGACCAGAGAAAACAACUGUAAUACAUAGAGCACAGACUUAUUGUACCCUUAGUGGAGUCAUGCUCCUCUGUCAAUUUUCAUUUGUUUUUAUAUUUAUGUUUUUAAGACUUGCUGGUCACUUUUCCAAAUUGGUGGUGUAUGUAACAUGGUAAAUUUUUAUUUUAGUGUUUUUUUUCUGGACAGUUAAAAACAGGAAUGGGAGAAAAAUUGCUGCUUUUAUGAAACCUUCAGUAUUUCAGACAUUGCUGUAUUUUGUAAUUCUAAGCAAUACUGUUGAACUCAAAACGCUUGUAUUUUAUAUAAAUUUUGAGUGGAUGUAAAUAUUAAUGUAGCAUGUCAGCAAUUCACUUGAUUAACUGAAAUGUUUAAGCCUUAAAUGUAAAACUUACUGUACUGUGGGGUUUAAAAUAAGACUGAAAUGACCACCUUUAUAAAAUUUCCAUGUUUUGUUUUUUAUUUGAACAAUUUAUUAAAAUUCAAAGGUGUUUAUGUAUCAGACCUGCCUUCUGAAGACAAUAAAUGUCAUAAUCUAA